GUGAAACUGAACUCGAAAACGGUACUAAUCAUGUGGAAGAUAGUGACACUGUCGGCCUUUCUCAUCGUCGCUCAAGCGGCUGACAUUAAGGAUAUCUACGGGAACUGGAUCCAAGCAGCAUUCUACCCAAUCACAGGCUACAUUCCUGUUUGCAUACAUUUCGAUUUCGCUGGUAUUCCAGACAGUCCUCAUUGCACCUACUCCGAUGGAAGUAACGCUACAUUAGUUAAAGUUAGCAUGAUAUCUGAAGCAGGAGAACUUGUCCAUCAAGGUCCGAUGGCAAUGCUUGUCGUGGACAGUCCAGCAGAGGUAAUGCCAGGUUUGAACUUGACCUGCAAGUGUGGUGAUACAAAUAUCCGUGAAAGCGGUGUGGUCAGGAUUAUAAACAAGGAUUACUUUAUCCUAUACACGCCAAUACCUGAUUCCAUGAGUCAUACUCAAUCGGAGACGGAACCUAAUCAAGCGUAUCUCUUCGGAAGGAAUGUGGUGUCUUCAGAAGACCUGGCGAAAGUAAUGCUCAGUAUCGAAGAAUUGAAAGGAAGAAGUGGUGCUCAAAUGUGCGGCACGGAGAAUUAUGGAGGAUAUGACAAGAAUAAGGUUUAAAUUUAUUAUUUACAGGGAAAAAUAUUUAAAUCUUCGUAACUUAUUACGGACUUUAGUGAUUAAAAGAAAAAAUAAAUUAUAUUUAUUGUGGUAACAAAUCAAU